CACGCUCUCUCUCUCUCUCUCUCUCUCUCUCUAUCGCUCACAUUUCAGCUUUGGGGAGAUAAAACGCCAGCGCAGCUGAGGUAGAUCGCUUCCUCCUCCUCUUCUUCCACUAAUGGCGGAGCCGCAAGCCGACAAGCCCCCAACCCUAGCUGAGCAAUACUCGUUGGAGAAACCAGUUGUGGCAACCAACCCAGACAAUGCACCUAAGGAAGUUGUACCUGAGAAAGCUGAGGAAGCACCUGCUGCUCCAGAAGAAAGUCCAGUAGUUACACCGACUAGUGAAGAAACCAGUGAAGUCAGUCCUACUGUUGCUGAAACUGAAGCAGCCCCUGCUUCUGAAAACAGCAGUGAAGCAGCUCCUGAAGAAAGCAGUGAUAGUACUGAAACCUCAGUUGAGCAGCAAGACGAAGCAGUUGAAGAGACACCUGAAAUUAAGAUUGAGACAGCACCAGCAGAUUUCCGUUUCCCAACUACAAAUCAGACAAGGCAUUGCUUUACCCGAUAUGUAGAGUAUCAUCGGUGCAUAGCUGCAAAGGGGGAAGAAGCUCCAGAGUGUGAUAAAUUCAAAAAGUAUUAUCGUUCUCUUUGCCCUGGUGAAUGGGUGGAGAGAUGGAAUGAGCAAAGGGAGAACGGAACCUUCCCAGGUCCUCUGUAGAUGGUGCCUGCUUAAUAACAAAAGAUAUGGUUUGCAGUCUGCUGUUAUAUCAAAGUUUUUCCUCCAAUAGAUGAGUUUCUACAAUGAGAGUGCAACUCUCGGGGAAUAUCCUAUUUGAAACAAUGAAAUUAAUAAGAAAUUUUGGCUUGUCUCAGAACACAGAGAAUUUGUAGUUCAUGAAAUCAUGUUAUUGCUGUUCAUCAUCAUCAAGAUGCUUUCUUACUCCUGCUAAUUUUCUACAUUAGCUGUUGUACGGUAGCUGACUGAGCCUCGCAAGGGUAACAUAGCGUUUGUUGUCAAGGUCUUACACACCUUCCCCAAAUAAAGAUUGGAUCUUUUUGAC